AUGUACUUCCUAGCGCUCGUCAUCGUAUAUUUCGUCUUCGUCGGGCUUCCUCUUUGGAAAGGCGCCGUGUACUGGCUGUAUUGGGUCGUCAACCACAAGUUCGUGGUCAAAGGGACAUGGUCCAUCGUCAUCGGAAUAAUGACAAUACUCACCUUCCUCCCCCUCUGCAUCCUCUUCGAAAAGGAGCCCCCUCCCCGCCCCGACCCCGACCCCGCAACCAUCCCCGGCGUCAGCGACACGGCCCUGCUCAUCCCGUGCUACAAAUCCGCCAGCCUCAUCGGCGCCACGCUCACCGCCGCGCUCAAGACCUUCCCAGCGUCCCACAUCUUCGUCAUCGCCAACGGCAACGCGCCCGAGCCGCUCGACGACACCGAAGAAGUGUGCCGCCCCUACGGCGUCAACCACGUGUGGAGCCCCGUCGGCUCGAAGAUCGUCGCGCAGUUCGUCGGCGCCUACGCCGCCAAGGAGUUCAAGCACGCCCUGCUCAUCGACGACGACUGCGCGCUGCCGCCGAAUUUCCCCGUCGUCGCUGACAGGCUGACCGGGAAAGUGCAGUGCGUGGGGUAUACGAUCAAGUCGGUCGGGCCGGACUCGUCCAAGGGGACGUGGUGCCAGCAAGCACAGGACAUCGAAUACAAGCUGUCCGGCCUGCAACGCGCUAUCGCCGGCAAGAUGGGUUCGGCAACCUUCCCGCACGGCGCCAUCUCGCUGUGGAACCGCGAGUUCCUGAUCCGGACGUUUCAUCACCACCCGGGCUUCUCGGUGUCCGAGGAUUGGUUCUUCGGCGGCAGCUGCCGGUCGCUGGGGGGCCGCGUGGUGAUGUGCACGUCCGUGUUCGUGGAGACGGAGACGCCGGCGGCGCUGUUUUGGCAGGGCGGGGCGGAGGCCAGGGGUGGGUUCGGGGAGAUGACGGUGAUAAAGCAGCGGUUCGUGCGGUGGAACUUUUUCUUCGUGGCGGGGAUAUGGUAUAAUACGAAAUACAUGCUGUGCAGCUGGAAGUUGGGCUGGUGGGAGAUUGGGGCGAAGAUCUUUGUGUUUCAGGAGGUUUUGGAAUCUCUAAUCUACCUGUUCACGCCAUUCAUGAUGCCCAUCUCGUUUAUUGUCCGGCCUGAGUUCUGCGGAUACCUCCUUGCUGGGACCAUUGCCAUGUACUUCAGCAACGUCCUCAUCUUCAACGAACUGCAUCUUCGCCUGCGAAAGGAACGUGUUUCGUGGCUCGUCCUUACAUUCUACUACAUGCCAUUCAAAUGUUUACUUGCAUUAGUCAACGUUGCGUCAUGCUAUUGGGCCAUGUUCAAGUAUGCCCGCUACUUUGCACGUCGGCACUUGAAAGUCGUCGAAGAUGAGGAUGCGGUCGAGAUUGUCCUGAGACUUGAAGAGACGCAGCCACGCUCAAAUAGCAAAGACGGCUCAGUGGAUCAUGGAAGUGCUCGAAGGAUGACAGUCACAGCCAUUCCGGUAACCCGGGGUUCUGUGCGGAACCCAGAUCUGGUCGUGACAAGUGAUUUGGACGAGGAUCGGGACGUUAUUGCACAGAUUCCAAUGUCAAACGCAAGACAAAGGACGAGCAUGGCCAUAAGCAACGUCUGA